AUGGAUGUAUUGAGUAUUUUAGGAGCCAUCUGGACAUUGUGUCUCCUUACCAUCACACGGGCGGGUCCCAUCGUAGAGACAACAAAUGGACCUGUAGAAGGAUUUACCGACCACUUAACGGAGAACGUGUACCUGCGCGUUGAUCGGGACAUCGACGUCUAUCUCGGCAUCGCGUUCUCCGAACCGCCCGUAGGUCGACUUCGCUUUGCUAACCCAGAGCCGAAGAAACCAUGGGAGGGCGUGUGGAACGCCACGUACGUCAGACCGAUGUGUCCCCAGAUCCUUCCCGGCAGACGGUCGGGGAAGGACGAGGACUGCUUGUACCUUAAUGUUUACGUACCCCAACCGGUGACCGAUUUUAAGGCCGUCAUGGUUUGGAUCCACGGAGGAGCAUAUAACGCAGGCGCGGGAGGGCGUCUCUGGUACAGCGGUACCCCAUUGGCUGCUUUUGGUGACGUCAUUGUGGUUACAAUCAACUAUCGAUUGGGUCCGUUUGGAUUCCUCAGUACAGGUGACGAAUCGGCUCCAGGAAAUUUUGGCAUGAUGGACCAGAUCAUGGCUCUACAGUGGGUUCAGGAUAAUAUUCAAAAUUUUGGUGGAGACCCAACUCGAGUGACCCUCUUUGGACAGAGUGCUGGAGCAACAAGCAUCGGGCUUCAUCUUCUCUCACCCCUCAGUCAGCCACUCUUUAAAUACGCUAUAAUGCAGAGUGGAAGUACACUAACUCCUUUUGCUUACACGGAUGACAAAGAGAGAUCGCGUAAGGAAGCUUUUCUGGUUGGAGAGAAUCUGGGAUGCAGAACAACAUCAAGCCGUUCCCUUAUUUCUUGUCUGAGGACGAAAUCAACGUCUCAGAUCCUGGCUAGUUCAUUAUCUUUGAUUUUCCUCUCAGCACCGGUGAUCGACGGCGUCUUCCUCCCCGACCACCCCGAGGUCCUGGUCCAAACGGGCCAGUUCAAACGGACCAACAUCCUCAUCGGAACGAACCAUGAUGAGGGCACGGCUUGGGCCUUGUCUGCCUUCCCCCGAGACAUCAACAGCAACGAGAAGCCAAACAUGUAUCGCGAUUUGUACGACGUAUGGCAUGGGAGAUACACAUACGGGUUGACCAAUGACAUCAUUUUGAGGUCGAUGGAUCAGGAGUAUCUCAAUUGGAAAGAGGCAGAUGACCCGGAAGCGGACUAUCUCGAUGCAUUUGUUGCCCAGAUCACAGACCAGACCUUUGUAGCACCUGCCGACACACUCAGCCGUGCCUACGCAACACAAGAUGGCGGCGACGUCUACCUGUAUCAAAUGACGCACGUCCCAUCCGCCUCCGUCUACGAGCUCACCCCGAGAGACAUCGGACCGGGCUGGCUCGGCGUCACCCACGGGGAGGAGUUCCAGUUCGUCUUCGGGUGGUCGUUCAUACCCGACAUCAGUGAUAGCCGCCCGCAGCUUCCACCGGUAGAGAAGGUGUUCAUGGCCGACGUAAUGAGUUACUGGAGCAACUUCGCGAAGACGGGAAAUCCUAAUCCACCAGGGAAACCCAACUGGUCCAGAUUCACUCUGCCCGAUAUGGACUACCUGAAGCUCGAACCAGGGUUCCCUUCUGACCGAGCCCUCAGAGCAGGCACUUGUAACUUCUGGAACGCUUAUAUCCCAGCCUUGGUCCAGGUGUCAGGUAAUGGAUAUGUCUUCGACGAGCGUGAGUACUUCGACUCAUCGAUAUCAUCGACCGGGCCACACCUCAUGGUCUACGUCAAGCUGGAUCAGUGA